CACGUUCCUUUUCCGAUUUGUCUCGUGUGCGUGAGUUGACAUUAGGCGUCAACCAUGGGUAAAGGGAAUAAUAUGAUCCCAAAUGGCCAUUUCCAUAAGGAUUGGCAACGAUACGUGAAGACCUGGUUUAAUCAACCAGCGAGAAAGAUCCGUCGUAAACAAAAACGUAUCAAAAAGGCACGAGCUAUUGCUCCUAGGCCUGUAAAUCUUCUGAGACCUAUCGUGCAUUGUCCGACAUUCCGCUACCAUACCAAGGUUCGUGCUGGCAAAGGUUUCACGCUCGCUGAGCUGAGAGCUAGCGGUUUAAAUAAGAGAUUUGCUAAAACAAUCGGAAUUGCGGUUGAUCCUCGUCGUCGUAACAAGUCCAUUGAGUCUUUGCAAACUAAUGCUCAGCGUUUGAAGGAAUAUAAGGCUAAAUUGAUCCUGUUCCCCGUAAAUGAGAAGAAGCCUAAGAAGGGUGAUGCGACCGAAGAGGAAAGGAAACUUGCAGUUCAAAUUAAGGGAGAUCCCAUGCCUAUCCGGCAUCAAGCACCUGCUAAAGCAAAGGCUCGUCCUGUUACCGAGGAAGAAACUAAAUUCUCUGCAUAUAUAACCCUUCGUAAAGCACGAGCUGACGCGCGAUUAGUCGGCAUUCGUGCAAAGCGCGCUAAGGAUGCAUCUGACAAUCCCGACGAGAUGACUAAAGUCGCAAAGGAUAAGAAAGCCAAGAAGUAGUUCUUUAUGACAUCUUUUUUUCCUUAUGUAUAUAUAAAAAUAAAAUUUUCCUUUAAUGGAAAAUAA